GAAGGUGCGGCCUUGGUCCGGUGUCGGCCGGGGCCGCUUCCCGGAAAAAUAUGCACCCCGCCUCGCCCGUGUCCCUUCUCCAUCCAAAAUAUGUGCGUGCGCGUUGUAUGUACCCACGAGAAACGCCAUCCGUCAGGCGAGAACAAGAAAAACGAAAUGGACACCGCGGUGAUAAGCGUCCGUGGCUGGUGAAUGCGACUCGCCAGUCCGAAACCGACGCGCACGCCGUAAGGUCGACGCUUGCUUGAGCGCGAGAACUUCCUCCAGCCAUGGCUUCGACGAAACCCUACUUCUGUGCCCUGAUCGUACUACUGGGAGCAAGCGGCGUGUUCUGCUCGCCCUUGAAGGAUUUCUUUGAGAGUGUACGCAAGGAUCCGCUGACCACGUACCAGUGCUAUCGCAACGGCAGCAGUCUGGAGGACCCAUCGGCCAUCAAGCUGAGCGUCUCGUGGAGCGGUAGUGGCCUUCCCGACCACAAGGUCGACUGCAUCGUCUCCUUCAGCUUGCCCGGUAGCGAAGGCAAGAAGACGUUUCACGUAUCGGCGGAGUACGUGCCACAAAAAGACUACGUCAUACUAACCGCAGGUGAAAAAAAUGUGAAUCUUCACCUUCUCGACGCACCGUACAACGGGAAGGCCUACUUUUUCAAGCAAGUUGACACCUCGACCGGAGACGAAAGCUUCAAGAUCUACGACAUCAGCGCGACGUGCGAGAACGCACAUGCCUUGCGCAAAAUCAUCUGCACCGAACCGUGCGGCCUGCAAAAUACUGCGCAAUAAAGCUUUUCUCUGUACCGACUGUAUACUAUCGGAGCAUAUGGCA